AUGGCAAGCAGCAACGUUCAAUCAGACUUGACACCGGUACCAGUUGAGUUAAGGAAGUUGAUUUUGAAGAGAAAUUCAGCAAGUAGGUCAAUGGAUGUUAUUAAAAAAUAUGUCACCAAGUUCAAUAUAGAAUCACAAUCACUUACUCAGUUAGAAGUGCGAUUGGAGAAACUCAAGGACCAUAUGCAAUUAUUUGAAGAACAUCAAAUGGAGAUUGAAUUGUUUGAGGAGGCUACAACGGAGAUGCUGAAUGAGCGUUCCAUUGUUGAAAAUGAGUUUUACACUAUAAAGGCAAUGAUUAUUGACAUCAUAAAUAAGAACAAACAAUCAUCAUCUAAUAGGCAUAGUACACAAUCCAACUCUCAAACCAUUGUACGAGACACCAUGAAGCUACCAGCAAUACCUGCUCCAUCAUUUGAUGGAAAUUUACAAAACUGGGUUUCAUUUUUGGACACAUUUAACGCUAUGUUCCACAACAAUAAUGCCUUAGCCGAAGUUCAACGUCUACACUACUUAAAGUCAUGUCUUACUGGUUCUGCUGCAGAAGUGAUUCGUACAAUACCAACCACCGAAGAAAACUAUCAAAUGGCAUAUAACACUCUAAUAGAGCGAUAUGAAAACAGAUCACUGAUAAUACAAUCUCAUAUUCGCUCGCUAUUCUCUACACCGCAAGUUAAUCAACCUUCUGCUACUGAACUUCGAAAGUUACAUCAUCAUGUAAUUUCACAAGUGCGUGCCUUAAAGGCAUUAAAACAACCAGUAGAGCAUUGGGAUGCUUGGUUGAUUACCUUAGUAUGCUCCAAAUUAGAUGCCAUAACUGUGGGUGAGUGGCAACUCCGACAAGCUACAAAAGAGUUACCCAAAUUUGCCGAAAUUGAACAUUUCUUAGCAAGCAGAGUAUCAGCAUAUGAAGUUGGUGAAGUAGAUAAGCCUAUAAAAGACAGCGUUCCAUUGAGUAAUUCCAACAUGCCUAAGCAACAAUAUAAAAAAGCUCUACUUGCUAAUCCGAACAAUACCAGUCAAAAUUAUGUCGCCAAGUGCCGUCUUUGUUCUGGUCAACACAAGCUUUUCAAUUGUGAACAAUUCUUAAAUAUGACUGUGCCUGAGCGCAGUAAAGUAGUUUCUAAUGCUAUGUUAUGUUUCAAUUGUUUCGCACCAGGUCAUCAAGCAAAUCAAUGUCGCUAUGGCUCUUGUCAUACAUGUGGCAGAAAACAUAAUACCAGGUUGCAUGAUGACAAUAAAGUAGCUGAAGGCCCUCAUGAACAACCACCCAAUGUUUCAGUCAUGUAUGCACAAAAUUGUUCAGUUAACUGCAUGCAGUAUUCUACUACAUCAAUGUUAGCAACAGCAGUCAUAUAUAUUAGUAACAAAGCUGGAACACUACAACCAUGUCGGGCAAUACUAGACUCAGGUGCUCAGCUUAAUUUCAUCACUGUGUCUUGCGCAAAAAGAUUGCAAUUAGAUAGCGCUAAUGAAACAGUAUCCAUAUCUGGAAUUGGUUCAACCUCAAUGACUUCCAAACGUCUUAUGCCUACCAUAAUAUCUUCAAGAAGUAGCAGUUACUCAUCUUCAGCAACUUUCCAUUCAUUACCAACAAUAUCUUCCAAUUUGCCAUCACAACAUAUUAACACUAACAAGGUGUACAUACCUGAACACAUACAAAAUGACUUAGCUGAUCCUGAGUUUCAUGUUACAUCUCCAAUAGAUUGUCUCCUUGGAUCAGGUGUAUUCUACGACAUAUUUGAUGGUGAACGAGCAACAAUUAGUGAACACUUGAUUGCACACAAGACAAAACUUGGUUGGGUCAUCACUGGUGAAUUGUUUGAUUCAACCAAUCACAAUCUUACUUCAACAUGUAUUAUGUCGAGCAAAUCAGCUUUAGCAUUAUUCUCCACUAAGGCCAAUGAACGCAGCCGAGAAGAACAGUCUGCUGAAGACCACUUUACUUCAACUUUCCAGCAAGAUGAAUCUGGUCGAUUCAUAGUACGACUUCCUCUCAGUCAGGACCCAUCUUUGCUUGGAGAUUCGCGUUUCAUGGCACAAAGGAGAUUCUUCAAUCUAGAGCGACGGUUUGCCAAGGACAAGGUCCUAGAAGCAGAAUACAAAGCAUUUAUGCAAGAAUAUUUAUCCAUGGGUCACAUGCAACUUACAACUUCUGAAUGCCACGCACCAACAUACUACUUGCCGCAUCAUGCAGUUGUUAAGAAUAGUAGUAUCACCACGAAGGUUCGAGUGGUGUUCGAUGGUUCUGCUCCAGCCAGCUCAGGUCUUUCGUUAAAUGACAUUCUGCUUAAAGGACCAAAGGUGCAACCCGACAUCAUAUCUAUCAUACUCAGAUUCAGACUGCACGCAGUAGCUAUCACUGCUGAUGUCGCAAAAAUGUAUAGACAGGUACUACUCCAUGAAAAUGACCGUAACCUGCAUCGCAUAUGUUUUAGGGAAAGUCCUGAUCAACCACUUCAAGACUAUAAGCUGUGUACUGUAACCUAUGGAACUAAAUCUGCAUCCUUCCUUGCUACUCGUUGUUUAAUGCAGCUCUCCCGUCAAACCAAUGACCCAGCUCUUCAACGCAUCAUCUCAGAAGACUUUUAUGUAGACGAUUUGUUGAGUGGUGGACAGAACGACGAUCAAUGUUAUGAAUUGUACCAAUCGAUUAGCAAGAUAUUGGAAGAAGCAGGUUUUCCACUUCGAAAAUGGUGCUCAAACUCUCCUACAUUAAUGUCUCGUAUUUCCACAACCAGUGCAGAACCAACCUAUCGAUUGUCACUAACUAAUGAAGACACUGUCAGCACCCUUGGCCUGUCAUGGCAACCUAGCUCUGACACCUUCCAUUUUUCUCUUGCCAAUUGGAAGCCACCAAGCAAUAUGACCAAGCGAUCUUUGCUCUCUGACAUAAACCGAAUAUAUGACCCGCUGGGAUUAUUAUCACCUGUACUUAUAAAGGGAAAGGUGUUCCUACAACAGUUAUGGUCCCUCAAAUUGAAUUGGGAUUCCACUUUGUCACCAGAUCUGCAAGGUCGUUGGAUAAAGUUUUACUCAAGCCUCAAGACCCUUGAAGAAUUGUCUAUUCCGCGAAGAGUGAUUUCUAAGUUAAGUUCUAAUGUCACAUUGCAUGGCUUCUGCGAUGCUUCGCAGGAAGCUUACGGUGCUUGUAUCUACUUAUGCUCCCCUCUGGCUGAUGCUAAGAUACAAGUAAGGUUAUUAAUGUCAAAAUCAAGAGUGGCACCCAUGCAUACUACCACUAUUCCUCGUCUGGAACUAUGCGGUGCCCUUUUACUAUCUGAACUCAUGGUAGAAGCCAGAACUGAGCUUGCACGUAUUGGACUAGCACUUCAAAGUACUGAUAUCAAUCUCUGGACGGAUUCAACGGUAGUUAUUGGUUGGAUUCAAGCAGAAGUUCAGCUCAAAACCUUUGUAGCUAACCGUGUAACACAAAUCAGAGAUAUGACUGAAAUUAAAAUGUGGCGAUACGUGCCUACUUCUGAUAACCCAGCAGACCUUAUAUCUCGAGGAGUUCCAGUCGAAUCGAUACUCUCUUCUGACAGUAUCUGGUGGUGUGGUCCAUCAUGGCUCCAACAAGAUAUCACCUACUGGCCAAAUCGCUUCAUUCCUACUGAUGAACUACCGGAGUUACGUCCAUUAAAUUUAGCGUUAGCUGUCACAGAGGUUAAUUCACAAUGGCUCCUGGAGAGAUGUUCAAAAUGGACUAACCUAUUGCGCAUUACAGCAUACAUACAGAGAUUUAUUCAUAAUUGCAAACCUACAGCUAAACAGAGCAGUAGUCCUCGUUUCGGUCCAUUAAAGGCUAGUGAACUACAAAGCAGUAAAAUCUUUUGGCUACGCAAAGCACAAAGUCUAUCAUUUCAGUCCGAGAUCAAUGACUUGGCUAAGAAGAGUAAGGUCAGCCGUCGCAGCUGUCUUAAUAGUCUAAAUCCGUUCAUUAAUCAGCUCGGUUUAAUAUGUGUUGGAGGUCGAAUUGCUAACGCACCAGUUCCUGAAAGUCAAAGAUUUCCUGUAGUGCUACCGACUAAGAAUAAAAUAACAAAAAUGAUAUUUGAACAUGAGCAUAUUCGCCUUUUGCAUAUCGGUCCCCAAGGUCUUUUAGCUAACAUGCAACUAAUUUACUGGCCUAUACGUGGAAGGAACAUUGCCAGACAAGUAGUACAUGGAUGCACGCGUUGCUUUCGUGCUAAUCCCAAAUUCUUACAACCAUUUAUGGCGCCAUUACCAGCAGUUCGAGUCACUCCAUGCCGUCCUUUCAUCAAAAGUGGUGUUGAUUUUUGUGGCCCAAUUAACAUUCGUAGCGGUCUCAGGCGAGUUGCUUCUUUGAAACAUUACAUUGCUGUUUUUGUUUGCAUGGUCACUCGAGCUAUUCAUCUUGAAUUGGUCCGUGAUCUGUCAUCUGAUGCCUUUAUAGCUGCAUUAUUUCGUUUCAUUUCUCGACGUGGGCAGUGUACGCAUCUUUUUAGUGACAAUGGCACAAACUUUACUGGUUCUGACAAAAUCCUCAAGUCAUGGAAAACGGAUCUAUACAAAGAAGAUAAAUUCCAAGAUCAAUUAACCACUUUGGGUAUUGAAUGGACUUUCAUUCCCCCAUCUGCACCACACUUUGGCGGCCUAUGGGAGGCAGGGGUGAAAUCAGCCAAGAAGCAUCUCAUACGAGUUAGUAACGGUGCCUUGCUCACUUAUGAAGAAACAAGCACACUAUUAUGUCGGAUCGAAGCGGUAUUAAACUCUCGUCCAAUCACUGUAAGUUCUUCUGAUCCGUCAGACUAUAGUGCACUCACUCCUGGUCAUUUUUUAAUUGGCUCUCCACUAACCUUGCCACCUGAACCAGAUGUGUCCAACCUUCCGGACAAUCGACUUAGGCAAUUUAAACUCAUACAGUCACGUUUGCAGCAUUUUUGGAAAAGAUGGUCAACUGAGUACAUGCCACAACUUCAACGUAGAGGACGUUGGACAGAAAUGUCCAAAAACUUAUCAAUUGGUGACCUAGCCAUUCUCCGUGAUGAAACAGCACCUCCAAUUCAUUGGCGAUUAGUGCGGAUCAAGGAAGUUCAUCCUGGCGCUGAUGGCGUGGUCAGAGUGGUCACUGUCCGUAACUCAGCUGGUACCGAAUUUCGACGCCCAGUAGUCAAGCUUGCUCCACUACCAAAUCCCAAAGAUGAAGAUCUCGAAGACCAAUAG